AGCUUCUCUCGUUUCUUCCUUCCCCUACGCCUACACCACCACUCCUUUGUCCUUACCGGAGAGAGGUCGGCGCUCUUCGCGGCCGCCGCCGAAACCAUCCUGGGCGGAGGCGGCCGGCGAAGAGUCACUCCCCCCCUUCGUCGUGAGUAGAAGUGAGUAGUCACCUCCUGCUACUCCCGGCGCUCUCUGCGGUGUCGGGGGUUGACCGCGAUCUCAGAUCCACCGAAUCCGAUUCCCCGGCACGAACGAGCCGAAUCGGGAGCCCCUAAACCCUCAAUCGUCGGCGGCGCCGCCGAACCACCUGGCCUCCGACUCUCCCUUUACUGGGUGAGCUCACCUUUUGCUGUGAUCCCACGGGACCCGAGGCGCAACCCGCCCCCUUGUCCCCUUGUUGGAUCGGAGCGUCGACGAUGAUCGUCGGGAGGAAGAAUGCCGGCAAGGCCUCUCCCUUCUUGCUCAUCCUCAUCUCGGUCGGCUGCUUCUUCGCGACCUACAACUUCCUGACAAUGGUGGGCCACAGCCGAAGCGGAGACGGGCCACGCAAAUUGCUCGGCGGCGGCGAUCAGGGCGGUGCCGUCGCCUUCGGGUCUGGUUCGGACCCGUCGAAGAGGUUCCACGUCGCCCUUACGGCGACGGAUGCGCUGUACAGCCAGUGGCAGUCGCGGAUAAUGUACUACUGGUACAAGCAGAUGAGAGUCAGGCCUGGCUCGGAUAUGGGCGGCUUCACGCGGAUCCUUCACUCUGGAAAGCCGGACGGUUUGAUGGAUGAGAUACCCACCUUAGUUGUUGACCCCCUCCCUGAAGGCGCUGACAGGGGUUACAUUGUCCUCAAUAGACCCUGGGCAUUUGUCCAAUGGUUGCAGAAGGCGAACAUCAAGGAGGAUUAUAUACUUAUGGCUGAGCCAGAUCAUAUCUUUGUGAAGCCUUUGCCAAACUUAGCUCACGGUGAAGAACCUGCCGCAUUUCCCUUUUUCUACAUCAAACCAACUGACAAUGAGAAGAUACUAAGGAAGUUUUUUCCAGAAGAAAAAGGUCCUGUCUCAAAUAUUGAUCCUAUUGGCAACUCCCCUGUGAUUAUCCAGAAGGCCCAGCUUGAGAAGAUUGCUCCAACCUGGAUGAAUGUUUCGCUAAAAAUGAAAGAGGAUGUGGAGACAGACAAAGCUUUUGGAUGGGUCUUGGAAAUGUAUGCAUAUGCUGUUGCAAGUGCAUUGCAUGGUGUGCACCACAGCCUCCAAAAAGAUUUCAUGAUUCAGCCUCCAUGGGACGCGAAAUCAGACAACACAUUCAUCAUCCAUUAUACUUACGGAUGUGACUAUUCAUUAAAGGGUGAGCUGACUUAUGGUAAGAUCGGGGAAUGGCGUUUUGAUAAGAGAUCUUAUCUUCGCUCACCACCACCGAGAAAUCUUUCAUUACCCCCUCCAGGAGUUCCUGAAAGUGUGGCCACCCUUGUGAAGAUGGUCAAUGAGGCCACUGCAAACAUUGUAGGGUGGGACGACGAAAUAUGAAUGAUGAUUUUGCCAGAGAGGAGCUUAAUUCAUCUGAUGCUGGGGUAGAAUCAAAGAAUCUCAAUGAUCAAUAAUACCAGAGCAUUCAAUUCAUGUUCUCUUGAGCGGAGGAUGGUGGCUAAUUCCUACACAUUAACCUAGAAUCAGUUGUUGACAAGAGAAUACGUAGUCAUUUGAUCCUUUGUCUCAUUUUUGGGUUGUAAAGCAGAAACAUAAGCUCUGUUUUUUCAGUCUCCUGGUCCAUUCAGUUGUACUACAAAGCAGAAAUGAAGGAUCCUUGAGUACUCUCAUACUUACCAUGGGAAGUAUAUUACAGCCUGGAACAAAUUCUUGUGGCUGCUUAAGAACAUCCUGCUGAAUGAUGUGAAUGAUAAGCUGUUACCCGCAAAAAUCCA